AUGGGUCGAUUUCACUACCUGGAGACCCAAGCCUAUGACUGCGGCCACGAGAUCACCGUUACGCGCGAGAGCAACCGCUUCGUAGCGUACACGUUCACGCCGCAGUAUAUCCCCUGUCGGGAGUGUACGCGGAGGCUCAAGAUCGAGCGGAGCCGGAAGGUUGCUGCUGCUGCUGCUGCUGCCGCGACGUUCGUGAAGGAGGAGGAGGAGAUGAAGGCUGGGGAUGCUGCUGCCCCUCUUGAGGCCGCUGGAAAGGAGGUCGAGAGCGUGCGGCUUGAUCAAACUGCUGGGAGGCCGGGGGAGGAGGUUACGGAAGGUCGCGAGGUCCAGGAGGGAGAGGGGAAACGGGUUGAGGAUGUGGAAGGGACGCGACGCGUCGACGAGCACAAGGACGAGGACGAGGAUGGUGACUGGUGUUUGGUUGAAGCGUCUGAUGGUAGAUCUGAGGAGGACGAGGGCGUUUGGAAAGGGUCCGGAAGGCGAAAGUGGUUGUUCUAA